AUGCUUUGGUGGCAGACUCUUUUCCAGCUCUCGCUGCUAAGCUCGGUCGCCCUCCCAGCCGCUGCCGCCGCAGCAAGCUGGGGGUUCACUGAUGCCACCGUGUCAGUUCAGACCAAGGGCGCCGGAGUCGGUGCUGGUUUUAAGGAAGAAAUUCCUCGGAACGGCGCCCUCUCGAGCCCCGUCUCCCUCGGCAACGCGGAUACCCUCAAAGUGGCCCUGACGACGCAGGAAGGAAAGUCAGCGAAAAGCGCUCACCAGGUCUUUUUGAUGCUUCAAGACCCGAAGACUGGAUUGGACAUUUCCUACCCCUUCUCCGUCAAGGGCAAUGGCAAAUCUCGAGUCGAAUUGACAUGGAAGGACCUUCCCGUCCAGUUCCUCUCUACCUCCGAACCGCUUGAUGCGAGAAUCUUGAUCGGAUCGUUCGGAAGCUCCGCUGCAUACAACAAGCCCGCGUUUCAGCUGUCUCUAGCCCGUAAUCCGAACGAGCCUGUACCGACAUACGAGGUCUCGCGAUACGGACAGCUCCCUGAGAUCCACCACAUCUUCAAGAGCGAUCCUCAGAGCCCGCCCGUUGCCGUUACGCUUUUAUUCAUUGCGAUAGUGUUGGCCAUCUUCCCUGUUCUCGGCGGCGUGUGGCUCUACCUCGGUGCCAAUAUCAACCAUCUCCCCGUAGCAUUGAAGUCGGCUCCUAUCCCUCACGCCGUGUUCCUUGGCUCGCUCCUCGCCAUUGAAGGCAUCUUCUUCCUGUACUACACUUCCUGGACCCUGUUCCAGAUCCUCCCGGCCGUUGCUGCCGCUGGAACCGUUGCAUUUAUUAGCGGUAGCCGUGCGCUUGGAGAAGUCCAGGGCAGACGUCUGGCUGGUCUCCGGUGAACGACACUGCGCGUGGCAUGAUUUGUCCGCGAAACCGUCUCCACCUCUCAAUACAGCAACCAAGUCGCCCUAGCAUAAGUGUGUAAAAUAAAUAUACGCAUCUACCUACCAC